AUGAACGCCAGCUGGAGUCACCAUUAUGACGUCAUUAAGAAAAUAUCAUCAUUGUCUGGCCAGUGGCCCUAUCAGAGACCAAUAAUGAGAUUGUUUUGUGUGAUCUUGGUAACUUUGAGCACGAUUUCUAUGAUUAUUCCACAGAUGAAAAUUCUCAUUGAUCAGUUAUUCAUUGAUUGGAAUGAAUUAGAAACACCAGAAGAAUACGAAAUUAUGAAAAAAUAUGCUAAGAAUGGCAGAAGGUAUUCCUUGGGAUACUUGUUGUAUUGCUAUUUUGCUGUAUAUGUGUUUAUGUCUGUGUCUCUCAUACCACAAAUAUUGGAUAUCGUUUUACCUCUCAACGAAUCUCGUCCUAUACUGCCGACAUAUCCAGGAUAUUAUUUCGUUGAUGAGAGGAAAUACUUUUUCUAUAUCUUUUCACAUGCUAUCAUAGCUUGGGAAAUUGCUAUGACUGGAAUAGUCACUCACGACUGCAUGCUUCUAACUUACAUCGAACAUGUCUGCAGUAUUUUCGCUCUAGUCGGGCACAUACUGGAGACUCUGAGCGUUGUUCGAGAGGAACAUCGAAGGAUACCGAAGGGUACGAGUUCGGCCAGGACUCAGGAGGAUGAUGUAACCAUGGAGGGCCUGACCACCAUAAAGCAUGAGUCUCGAAAAGAUCGGGAGCGAGACUGCGAGACGCGCAGUUCGCGGGAUUGGAGUGCGUCGGAACAUGACGCCAAGAAACUCCAGAAAGGAGUGAUUGCACAGCCGAAACGCGAUUGGCGACGAACGUUUUCCAUCGGGAAGGUUACUGACUCAGGCGAGUGUAAUAGUGGAGUCUGUCUAGCAGUGACAUUCGAGAUUCGGAAAUUGGAGCGCUGA